AUGACUGCGGCUAUUAUGACGUUGACUUUAUCAGAGCUGAUGUUUCCAACCUCCAAGGAAGGUUGGAUAGCUCAUGUGAAGGCUGUGAGUGAAUUACUACGAUGCUCUGGCCCCGGGGCAUUUGUCAGAUCACCGUACCAUAAGCUCUUCACUGGCUUUCGCACUCUCAUACUUACAGAAGCAAUCCUCUCACGGAAACGUACCUUUCUCGAGCUGCACGAGUGGCAGGAUGUGCCAUUUCAGCAGACUAUCGCCUCAUCAUUGCAAAGACUCCUCAGUUGUGCUGUUGGUCUUCCUUCGCUCCUGCAACGGGCGGACGGGUUAAAGCGCUCUACGCCUGAUGAAGCGGUUUCCAUGGCAAAAGAAAUCAUUCUAACUCUAUUUGCAACAUUGCAAAGAUUACAGGAAUGGGAACAGUCAUAUCAAAGCAGUUUAGACGGUCCUCUUUUCUGGCUGAAAACAACUGGUGGUGUGUCUCCUGUUGGGAUAAGCGCUAAGCCGGCCUACACACCGGUCCUCUGGUUUCCCAGCGUGAUUACAGGCACUGCUUGUGUUUUUCUCUGGGCAUUCAAAAUUAUUUGUCUCACGGAGAUGGAAAAGCUGAUGUCUUUAUACAAAAUUCCUUGGAGCCAUACGCCCCUUGAUGACCGUCUAGUGCGCCAGUCCUGGGACAAUCCAUUGGAGCUCUCAGUCAAGAUCUGUCAAAGUAUGGCUUACUUCUUGGAUGACACGAUGCAGUUUUAUGGUCCUGGUGCAGCGAUGUUUCCUUUCCGAAUUGCGCGCGGGACUCUGUGUUCAUAUCAAGACCAGGUUGCCGACCAGUGGGAGCUGUGCGUACAUAUCAACAACCGUCUUUCCCAGAAGGGGUUCUAUAUUGAACCUCUCCAUGUCAACGUCAGGGUUUGA